GAGGAGAAACCGGAAGAAGAAGAAGACGUGGCUAAAUGCUAACAGUUACUAGCAGAAAACAAAUGCUAAUAACUAAAUAACUAGUUGUGAUUUCUAAACGCCAACUUCCUCACUUUUCUCUGGGGAAUUCCACAUUAAAUCUGAAGUACACCAGCUGAACCUCCUGAUUUUUUUUUUCUCAGCAGAAGUAACCUUAAACUUUACCAGUGGAUUCACCUUCAUUUUGUGUCAGCAGUGCCAAAUUAUCCAGAGCCAUGUCAAAUGGACGGAUUUAUGUUGGUAACCUUCCCCUGGACGUCCAGCGGAGAGACCUGGAGGAUCUCUUCACUAAAUAUGGAAAAAUCCGCCUCAUUGAAUUGAAGAAUUACAGUGGCUCAACUCCUUUUGCCUUCAUUCAGUAUGAAGACCCACGGGAUGCAGCUGAUGCAGUCUCUGGAAGGAAUGGAUUUGGAUUUGGAGACGUCAAACUGCGAGUGGAAUAUCCACGAGAAUCUACGAACCAGUAUGUGCCAUCCGGAGGCGGUAGAGGGGGGGGGUUUGCACCAAGAGGAGGAGGAGGAGGAUUUACUCCAAGAGGAGGAGGAUUUGGAGGAGGAGGAUUUUCUCCAAGAGGAGGAGGAUUUGCUCCAAGAGGAAGAGGUGGACCUCCAUCCAGAAGAUCGGAAUUCCGAGUGAUAGUCACUGGCUUGCCACCAACCGGCAGCUGGCAGGACCUGAAGGACCACAUGCGCGAGGCUGGAGAUGUUUGUUACACAAACGUGCAGCGCUCUGGAGAAGGUGUGGUGGAGUUUGUCCACAGAGACGAUAUGGAGUACGCUGUGCGCAGACUCGAUCGCUCAGAAUUUCGCUCACAUCAGGGUGAGACGUCUUUUAUUCGUGUUUAUGAGGACAGAGUGAUGCCCAGCUGGGACAGAGCGAGGUCCCGGUCCAGAUCCAGGGGGCGUUAUUCCCCUGAAUAUUACAGCCGGGGAUCCCCCCCUCCACGUUACUCGCCCCCUCCUCGCGGUGCUAUGUCUCGCCGUAGUCCGCCAUUCAGACGAUAUCAGCCACAGUACAGCCCGCCGCCACGACAUUAUCGAUGAGAGCGUUUGUAUUUGGGGAUUUUUAUAAUGUUUUUAACCCCAGACCUCAAGAUUAAAUCCUUUUGUUUUAAUUGGUACAUUCCAACUAAAUCAUUUGGGCAGUGCAUUUUUUUUUUUAUAUUGUUGCACCGUUUUAUUGAAAAAUCUUUUUGAGAGUGAUUGACGUUUAACUACAGUCUUAGUUACACUGAAGGGACGACAUUUUGGAGAUAAAGUUGAGAAUCAUAUCGACUGUAUCUAUGAAGUUUCUUAAAAUGCCAUUAAAGCCGUUUGGCCGCGACAGCUUCACCUCUGAGCUUUGUUUUUCUUGUUUUCCUUCCCUUUCACUCUGUUUCUGGUUUGUGUUUUCAAUAAAAUGAAAUGUAUUGUCACAAAAGUAAAGGACACAAAAUGCAAAAUAAACAUUUAAUACACAAAUUAACUUUUUUGGGUGAUUCAGACAACACUGCAAAAAUAAAAUAUUUAAAUGACAAUAGUUUAGUUCAAUAUUUAAUCUGAAAAAGCCAAAUACUAUAUAUGUAUAUUCUAUUUUUUUUUAAACCAAAACACAAUCACACCAUUAGCUGUAAAAUGGGCUUGUUUAUGUAAACCAGUCCAAACUCUUUCAGUUUUACUUUACUGUUCAGCCAUUAAUAUUUUUCUAUAUCCUAAAGUUCCACACUGUGCUUUAAAGAUGAAUAUCCGAUUUAAACCCAGCAGUGAUCAGCACACGGCCGUCGUGUAGGAACAAAAAAAACUAUAAUAAAUAAACAUAUUUAAAUCUGAUAUUAAAAGCACAAAAUUAAGAUUAUGAUGAAGACGAUCUUCUUGAGGUAUAAUUAACUGUGACCUGGGAGGUUUGCAAACUACAUAUAAAAGUUGAAUAAAUGCAUUAAUCAGCAAAUCAUUUCACAUCACAUGGAACUUCAGGAACAACACUGACAUCUGUCCAACGCAACAUCCACAAACCAGAGGCUCAAACCUGGACACAUCAGUGAAGGGCUUUGUGAAGUGUCCACACGUCUCACCUGUGUCCACACGUCUCACCUGUGCUCACAUGUCUCACCUGCACUUACAUGUCUCACCUGUGUCCACACGUCUCACCUGUGUCCACACAUCUCACCUGUGCUCACACGUCUCACCUGCACUCACACGUCUCACCUGUGUCCACAUGUCUCACCUGCGCUCACACGUCUCACCUGUGUCCACAUGUCUCACCU